GAAAACCAUGAAAUUUUCCAAACUUCUCAUACUUUUGCUAGUUCUGACUCCAUUUUGCUCUGCCGAGUGGUACAACAAUCAAACCGAUGCUUGCAACUACUGCGGACAAAUGGUUUUCGGGUUAUUGUUGCAGAAUGAUGUGGAGACGUUGAUUAGCACGAAUCGCUUGGUUUCAAAGUACAACUUCUGCCCAAACUACGCCCCCGGAUGGCAAUUAGACAGUUGUGUGGCAUUCCUGGACUACACCUUCAGUUUCUUUUACCGCAUCUACUACGCCAUCAACUUCCCGAUCCGUGACUACAUCUGUGUUCCAAUCUGUGGAAACAGUGGGGAAAACUUUGAGAUUAUAUUCAAAAAAAGAAGAUGAUAACGAUUUUGAUUUUUACAUGAAAAUGAAUAAACUAUUGACUUAUA